UAAAUAAAGGAUACCAAACAAAAAGAAACGAACAGCGUAACAAACAAAACAAACGUUUUCCAGAAUUCGGAAACCCAAUUCAUACUCUGCGCUCUGUUUUGUUCCUCCUUUCCCAGAUGGCAAGGGGAGGAAAGGUUAGUGGCAAACGCAAUUUCAGGAAAAAGGUUCGGUCAAAGGAAGGUGGUUCUGAUGAUUCUGAUGAAGAUUAUGUGGUUUCAGAUGAUGCUGGAGAUGUGUCUGAUUGUCCAGAGGAGGAUUUAUCUUCUUUAGAUGGAUGCGCAUCCGAGGAGAGUUUUGGUGGUUUUCCAGAAGAGAAGGAGGAAAUUCAACGAGUGAGGAAAUUCAAUAGAUCAAAGGCCAAAAAUGGCAUUUGUGGUCAGCAGAAAAUUGCAAGUAAAACCUCACGGAAGAGGCAAAGGAUUACAUAUGCAGAACAAGAAGAACAAGAAAAAGAGGCAGAUGGAGAUGAGGAUGAGGAUGAGGAUUUCAAUUUUGAUGACGAUGAGGAAUUUACAAUAGAGGAGGAAGAUUACUCAGAUGAGGAAGAAGAAACAAGGGGGAGAAAGAAGAAAAAUAAUGCCAUGAAAAUGGGCAAGAAGAUUUUGGGGAGAAGGGCUUCUGUGACUUCUACCAGAGGUAGGAAAAGGAGGAGAUCUAGCGCUUCAAAGAAGCCUUUGAGAAAGAAAAGAAGAAAGAAUGGAGGAUUAAGGAGGAAAGUACAAUGUGACAAUGCAGAUGAUUUUAUAGAUAACGGCCCAGCCAUCAGGACAAAGAGUUGGAAAAAACCAGGCCGGAAAAGGAGAAGACUUCUUGAAGAUUACAAUUCCAAUUCUGAUUGUUUGUCUGGAUCAUCUGAUUAUGAGUUUACUAUCUCUGAAGAAGAGAGAGAACAGUUGAGAGAAGCCGAGGAAUUAUGUAGAAGUUUAAGAAGGAACUUGAGGAGUUCUUCCAUUCUAGUGAAAAAUGAGGAGGUUGGAGUACAUGAAGUUCCACAUCAGCAACGGAAGCCCCCGGGCCGGAAGGGUAAGGAAAAGAUAGAGGAAUCUCAACAAAGUAAGGGUAAAGAAAAGGUAGAGGAUUUAAAAAGUGAGGUGGGAAAGCAGGUGUGUGGAAUUUGUCUGUCUGAGGAAAAUAAAAGAAGAGUAAGGGGAGUACUAAGUUGUUGCGCUCACUAUUUUUGCUUUGCUUGCAUUAUGGAGUGGUCGAAGGUGGAAUCUCGCUGCCCUUUGUGUAAGCAGAGAUUCAAAACAAUCAGUAAGCCUGCACGAUCAACGGAGGGGAUCGACUUGAGAGAAACGGUGAUACAAGUGCCAGAACGUGAUCAGGUUUAUCAGCCCUCCGAAGAAGAACUCAGGAGCUAUAUUGAUCCAUAUGAGUAUGUUAUUUGUUCAGAGUGCCAUCAAGGCGGAGAUGAUGGCCUCAUGUUACUCUGUGAUAUCUGUGAUACCCCUGCACACACUUAUUGUGUUGGUUUGGGGCGGGAAGUACCUGAAGGUAAUUGGUAUUGUGAUGGUUGUAGACCAGUUGCUUUGGGAUCUUCAAGCUCCCAGGUUCAAGAACGUGUGGCUGAUCCAGGGGUGACAACCCAAAGCCUUCCUGUUAGACCAUCACCAGUUCAUGUACGAGAAAGUAUAGACCUCAACUUGAUGUCUUCACCUCGUGCAUCUUUUAAUCAAGGUUUCGGGCAUCUUUCAUCUAGAUUUUCUGGCAGAAGUGUUGAAGGAGGCUCUCCUGUAUCUGGAGGAGGGGCACCAACUUUAUCAGAGAGACGCUGGAUACACCGUCAAAUUCAGCAGCUACUUUCAAUAGAUAGAAUGACUUCUCCAACUGGCAGAACUGAUGGUAUUUCAGCUACCGGUUCAAUGAGUAACUUAUAUAGUUCUCAAAUUGAUCAAAGUAGGGAACCAGCCACUCAACAUACAAGGACACAGGAAGUGGGAACAUCAUAUCACACAUUCUUUGAGGAGAGAUUAUGCAACUAUACUUCUCCAUUGAUGCAGAAUGGAGAUCCCUUCUCCAUAAGAAUAAGCAAUGCAAAAAGGCCAGUGGUUCAGGAUUCAACUACGUUUGUCAACAGGCCUGUGAAUGGGAUGCUAUGGCCUGGACUUGCGGGGACACCCACCAUAUCAGAUUAUCAGUGCAGCAGUAGACCAAACAUUGUCACUGAUGGUAGUUUAACCCCUGCUUUCAAAGAAGAGAGUAACUUCCACAAUGUGAAGGAGCAGUUGCAGUCAAUGGUUAAAAGCCACCUGAAGAGCUUGUCUCGAGAUAUUGAUUUAGGUUAUACUACCUUCAAGGACAUUGCAAGGAGUUCUACGCAUACCAUACUCGCAGCAUGUGGUCUUGAGCACAAGAAGAGUGAAGUUUGCACUGUGCCUCCACCAUCCGUCUGUCCCCACACUGAAUUAAUGGCUAGUGGACAAACAAGUCUGAUUAAAGGUUGCUGCUCAUCUUGCUUUGAUUCUUUUGUAGGAGAUGUGGUGAAAAGGAUUUUGGACACAAGAAUGUCGUCACAGUGGUUACGAUUAGGACUUUAGGCAUUAUAUUCUUACAAUGUGUCCAGAGGCACACCAUUUGGUUAGUAGUUAAGACAAGAAUAUCUCAUUUACUUGAUUAUACAUAGAUGAAUAUGAUUCGCUAACAUUUGACAG